AUGGCAUUCAGCAUCCUUGGCCCCUUUCUGGGGUCCUUGUUGUGUUUCUGUGUCUGCUUUGUAUAUCCAGCAUCGCUGAGCUUUCAGCUGUUGCUUGACGAGAAGUCUUCACCCAGUGGGGCCCUGAAGAACGACCACUUGCAGCACGUAAUGUUCUGGGUGUUGUGUUCAUGGAUAUGCUGCAUCGAGACUUUCCCUCCUCUGGCCUUGCUUCUCCAGUACCUCCCAUUCUACUACGAAAUGAAGUGCGUGCUCUUUUACUGGCUCGCUUCCCCACAGUUCAAAGGGGCUGGGUGGAUCUGGUUACAUGCCAUCUGCCCCGCCUACGAAAAAGCAGCACCCAUGUGUUCUCAGCUGUAUAAGGAGCAUUGCCCUCCCCAGCUCAAGGUGGCAAUUGAGAAGGCCACGUCGACGAUCAUGGGCUUGAAGUCGCAACAUUCCGAUGCGUUUAACAAGAGCCGCCAGCCCUCCAAAACAGUAGACACCACCCAGAAGGCAGACUGA